ACAGCUUUUAUCAUUCCCUCUCGCUUUCUUCGUGACAAUUGCUGAUUUGUUAUGUUUACAAACAUUCCAUUCAGUUCAUUUUAAAUGUUGUGCGAAUUUUAGUAAUUUUGUGGAUGGAUUGCAAUUCUUAUCAAUUUGUAUUACUACGGGGGAACGUUAGUGAAAAAUAAAAUCUACAAUUAUCUUCCAUUACAUGUUAUUUUAUGAACAUGGCGGUCGAAUCGUGCGUGAAGUGGACAAACUUUCAGGAGCACAUGAUGUGUGCUAUGCAUGAAAUCUUGGAAUCUCACCAGUACACCGACUGCCGGUUGGUCGUACCCGAAGGAGAAUUGUAUGCAAAUCGAGCAAUACUCUGCAUGGCUUCAAGAUUCUUCGAGGCAAUCUUCGAUGGUGCUAUGAACUUGUCUGCUAUAGAGACGGAUCGUCUCACGGUUCUCAUUCCAGAUCUGAAGCUUGCGUGUUUACGAUCUGUUUUACAAUUCAUCUACACCGGAGAAAUUUACCUACUCCCGCACGACGUAGCACCCUUUGUAGAAGCUUGCAGUUUCCUACAGAUACAAGGAGUCCCGUAUAGCGAAGAUCGGAUCGUAGGGAUUAGGGAUUUCGGAACAUUCAUCAGUUCAGUUCAGGAAGGGUCGAUUGUUAACAAUGAAGGUUAUGAAACUUCUGCGUAUCUUUCAAGCGAUUGUAAACGAGAAAACGUACAAAACGCAUCCGUUCUAUUCUUCGGUCAGGAAGCGUGCUUAUGCGAGCAGUCGAAUGAUGGCAAUUCUGCAUUGGAUUGUGAGAUGGAAAAUGAAAACAGUAAUGCAGCGGUUCAGCAGCUGUUAGGAGAUGGAAUAGAAGGAUUGCAGUGUCCAGUAGCUAACUCUGCAAAUGGUAUUCCAAGGAUGGAUGUAGAAAAACACCAAAGUUCAACAAUUUACUCAUCAAAUGAUCGCUUGGACGAGGAUUUGAAACUGGAACGAGAAGAACAUAUGGACUCCUCCAGCUAUGACACUCGUCUUACUGCGGCCAUCGAUGCAAUAUUAAAGCGUGGCAUUAGUUAUCGUGUUGCAUCGAAACAGCACAACAUUUCUAAGACCGUGCUGUGGCGAAGAACGAUGAAAAUGGCACGAUUCGUCCGACCGACUUCACCGAAACUAGCCAAACAGCGAAGGGAGGCUAUCGAUGCGCUUAAAUCCGGUGAAAAGUUAGUCCAUGUAAGCCAGCGUUUCGAGGUUCCACUGUCGACGCUUCAUCGGGACAAGAUACGGCUGUACCAGAAGGGUAUACUGCCGAGCAAGGUGAUAUUGAAACAGCGUGAUAAGGGUGAAUCUUUCCAGCAACGGUUGACGGAGGCGGUGGCGGAAUGCAUUGCAGGACGCAUGUCUCUUUCGGAAGCAGCACGAGUGUACGAGUUACCGAAAACCUCUAUAUGGAGAAAGGUACGAUCGUCACGGGCGAACAGUAGCAGCACAGUUGUAACAGAAGUAGAAAGAAACCUAACGAAACGUGAUCACGGUGUUCAGAAUUUGAAACAUUGCGCUGAAACGGUUGAAGAAGAUGCUGAACCCAUGGUAGGAGACUUAUUGAGCGCUACAUUGCACAUUAGCUCAGAAUACAUGUCCGACCCGGGUAUGGAUGUUUCUGCUAGCGGACUAACUCAGGAUUCAAUCCUGUAGCUGCGCGAUCGCCACGCACAAACUGAUGCUUUACAAUAAACUGUAACACUAUACAA